ACCAAAAUAAAGGCUUGAAUACUACUCCGCCGCCGCAGCAACAGCAACACCUCGGACGGCCAUCGACACCAGCCCGCCGCCUGCGGAUCCGCUCGCCCUCCUCAUCGCUUUCUCCGAGGAUCUAGGGCGGCAGCGAAGGAGGCGGAGGAGGGGAUGGAUGCGUGAAGGGGAGUGGUGGGAGGGAGAUGAGAGGGAGGGGAAGAUGCGAACUAUCUGCGACGUCUGCGAGAGCGCUCCGGCUGUCCUGUUCUGUGCCGCCGACGAGGCUGCCCUGUGCCGACCCUGCGAUGAAAAGGUUCACAUGUGCAACAAACUCGCUAGCCGGCAUGUACGAGUAGGACUUGCUGACCCCAGGGAAGUUCCUCGCUGUGACAUAUGUGAAAAUGCACCUGCUUUCUUUUACUGUGAGAUAGAUGGCAGCUCCUUGUGCCUGCAGUGUGAUAUGAUUGUGCAUGUUGGGGGAAAGAGAACCCAUGGAAGAUAUCUAUUGCUGAGGCAAAGGGUUGAGUUUCCAGGCGAUAAACCUGGUCAUAUAGAAGAUCUAACAACAAAAGCAAAGGACCCUGUUGAACAUAGGAGGGAUCACACAAUGAUAAUGAGAGAGAAAAUGAAAAGUCACAGGCUCCCUGCUGAUCCUUCUUCAGAUGCUAGCAAUGAUCGUGAUGGUAAUAUCGAUUCCAAAAUGAUUGAUCUUAACACGAGACCUGUCCGAAAUCAUGGGCAAUCUUCCACUACCCAGGCUCAGAAUAUGGAUCCUUCAAGAGAUAAUAAUCAUGACUCUCCCGGUGUUGGUGUUGUCCCCACGGGUCAUUUCCAAAGCGACCCAUAGAAGCAAUGUAUGUUUUUAAGAAUUUGCAUAUGGAAAUUUGGUUUUUUUCUGCCAUUGUCGUUGAACAUGUAGUCGAGUCUCAUUUGUGCUGCAUGCAGAGGAAAAAGGCACCUCUGUUACUCUUGCGUUUGAGUUGUAAUCCUGAAUAUUUGGUUCAUCCUGGGUCUUGUUGUACACAAUGUGAAGUUCUUCAAUCUGAAUGAUUGCAGCUUAUUUGCAUUAAA